AUUACUUACUCAUAAAUUAAAAUGGCAACAACCUCCCUUUCUAUUUCCAUACCGAUACUAGCGAUAUGGGCUAUCUGGAUCUUAUUAUGCGGAAAGUGUUUGGAUAAUGCACUUCAGCAGCUUGUUGUUGCUGCAUCUGGGUCAUCUCAUGCCCUUCAACUUAAACAAGCCAAGGCUUUGCAGGAGACUGGGUGGUGGCCGUCCGCUACUCAUGCCCAAGCCAGUAGUAAUUAUUCAAGUGCUUGCCUCUGGGAUGGUAUUACUUGCAAUGUUGGUGGAAGCGUCACACGCAUUGAUAGAUCUUUUCAAAGUUUGCGAGGUCAGUUGAUCAAACUCAACUUCUCUUUCUUCCCAAAUCUAGUCAAUCUUGAUCUUAGUUCGAACUCCCUUACGGGGCGUAUCCCACUUGAGAUAGGGAUCCUAAAGAACUUGGUCUAUUUAAGACUUCGUUUCAACAUGCUUGUCGGUCCAAUCCCUUCCACUUUGGGCCAUUUACCUAAUUUGGAAAAUUUAGACCUUUGUCAGAACAAAAUCAAUGGAUCCAUUGCUCCCGAGAUAGGAAUGCUGAAAGAUUUGAGCUACCUUAACCUUAGCCAUAACUUUAUUAGUGGAGAAAUACCUAGCGCACUUGGGAUGAUUGUCCCUCUAUUGAGCUUGGAUCUUAGCUACAAUAAUCUUACGGGCAACAUUCCAUCUUCUCUCACUGGUAUAUAUACACUCGACUUAUCAUAUAAUUCUUUGGAGGGUCGAAUUCCAGACGGUUAUGCUCUGUAUCAUACCUCUCACACAUUAAAUGGCAACAGGGAUUUAUGCGGUCAGUUCGAGAUAUUCCCUCCAUGUUCCACAAGCGAAAAAUCAAUCAUAACCGAAAUAAAAACUUUUGUACCCAUCACCAUUUUCCUCGGAUUCCUGUUUAUUGGAGGGGGUAUUUUCUUGUCCCGUCGCAUGUUCAAGAAAAACCAGAUUGAGUCUAGGGGAUCAAAGAAUGGAAACAUAUUCUCGAUAUGGAAUUAUGACGGACAUAUUGCAUAUGAAGACAUUAUUGAAGCAACUGAGGAUUUUGAUAUCAGAUAUUGCAUUGGAACUGGUGGUUAUGGUAGCGUUUACAGAGCAGAAUUACCAAGCGGAAAUGUGGUUGCCUUAAAGAAACUUCAUCAGAGAGAGGCUGAGAAUCUAGGUUUCUAUAGGAGUUUUAUAAAUGAGGUGAGGGUGUUAACAGAGAUAAGACAUCGAAAUAUUGUGAAGCUGCUUGGGUUCUGUGUACAUAAAGAAUGCAGAUUUUUAAUUUAUGAGUACAUGGAAAGGGGAAGCCUAUUUUGUGUCCUAAGAAAUGUUGAUGAAGCUAUGGAACUGGAUUGGAGCAAGAGGGUAAACAUCAUCAAAGGCACAGCACACGCCUUAUCAUACAUGCAUCAUGAAUGCAUCCCAACAAUUGUUCAUAGAGAUAUAUCAUCCAACAACAUUUUGCUGAACUCUGAAUUUCAAGGUUUUAUAUCUGACUUUGGAACUGCUAAACUCCUUGAUCCUGACUCCUCCAAUCAAACAUUGGUUGCUGGCACUUAUGGUUACAUUGCCCCAGAGUUUGCCUAUACGAUGACAGUUACUGAAAAAUGUGAUGUAUAUAGCUUCGGUGUGGUGGCAGUAGAAGUAUUAAUGGGAAGACAUCCAGGAGAACUCUUGUCCUCAUUAUCAUCAUCAUCUCAAAAUAUGAUGCUAAAUGAAAUAUUAGACCAACGCCUGCCACCUCCAAAUCGUCUAGUUGCACAGGACAUUUUGCUUGUUGCUACAGUAGCAUUUGCAUGCCUUCACACUCAGCCAAAGUCUCGGCCUACAAUGAAAUGUGUGUCACAAGAAUUUCUCUCUCGCAAGAAGCCGAAUGUCAUACCCCUGUCUACGAUUUCACUCUUGCAACUGAAGAAACAAGCAGCAUACGUGGCUGGAUCAGGAUUUGCUUAUUGUUAGGGUGUUUUGUGUAAUGUCAAGGUGUUGUUUACAUUUCUCGGUCUUUUUUUAAGAAAAAUAUUAUUUGUAAGCAUUCCAGAUCACUCCAUAAACCUGAAGUACUCACUGUUCAAAUAGAAACAGAAUGGGUUGUUGUGUUUGUAUGAGUUAAGUGUGCAAAUAGAAAGUAGAAGUGAAUUAAGUAAAAUCUGAUAGAGAAUUUCAGCAAAUUCGUCAUUU